AUGGAGGAGGAGAGCGCCGCCCUGCUGGCCGCCCUCACAGACUCCCUGGAUGGGAUGGUGGAUGCAGAGGGAGGAGGUCUGUCUGUGUUCCCGGCUCUAGAGGAGGAGCCGGACUCGGACCAGGACAGUCUGCCCCUGGACCAGGACUUCAGCCCGGCCCCGGACUCGGAGGACCCCUCGCUGAUCAAGCCUAGACUGGAGCGCUGUGUUUUCCGACUGUCGAGGAGCGUCUUUGAACCUGGCGCAGAGAGAGCUCACAUCAAGGUCACGGUGCGUUUGUGUGUCGCGGGAAAUCUGAUGGACUGA